GUAUGGUCUGUGCUUUCGGCAAAUGCCGUGAUCAUUUUACAUUUUACUAGGUAGAUUUGAGCUCUUGAAACUUUGAAAGUUCGAAGCUGCGAUAUAUGAGUUGAUGGACUUUACAACUUCGCGGUGCUAGAUAAACCAAUUCGAUCAUUUGAAAUCGCCAAACAUGCCUCCAGUACCACAACCUCAAGGCCAUCCCGGUGGCCAAACUAUCUGGAAUAAGCUUCAGAUGGGUGCUAUGAUGGGUGGCACUGUCGGCGCCAUUUUGGGGUUUAUGUACGGCACACUCACUAUCAUCAAAUUUGGUCCUGGCCCAAAUGGAGUCUGGAGGACUCUACGCACAUACAUGCUCACUUCUGGGUCCACUUUCGGAUUCUUCAUGGCCAUUGGCAGUACCAUUCGUUCCGAUAGUAUCGCAUCUCCAGAAACAUUGGCAGCUUUCGGUCGUGCAAACCGACGACCCCUAGUUAUGAAUCGUCCAUAUCGCCCUUCGCGAACAUCGCAAUGAAAAAUGCUCGAUUGUAGAGUCGAAAGGGAAAGCUCAUCUAUCCUUGGAGAAGAUGGAACCUGGCGAAUGCUUUGUAAAUUAAGGCAUAUGUUUAUACAUAAUGGGUAAAGACAUGUCAAUUGUCGAUCUUCGGGUCUCGCCGCUCAACUGUUUGCAUAGGGGUGGAGUUUAAUGGGGGCAAUCUAUAUCAACAAAGCCUCGCCCAGCGUUUUUCUUUUACUUGAGCCUCCUGAUCAGCUCAAUUCAACAAUAAACGAAUCCUACUACUUUAUCACUGGUUCAUGGGUGUCAUGAAAGGUUGAAUCCUAUGUCGUGGCCAAGAGGCUUGGAUAUCUUGCCAGCCACUAACGUGAAAUGGCCAUGGAGCAUUCGUGUUUUAUGUUGCGACUUCGAUCAUAUGAAGGGGCAAGCUAUGCAAGCGCUGCUCUUGACCUUUUAUCCUGGUCUUCCUUAGGAGAUCUCAACGAUUAGAUGAGGGCUCUAGAUCUAAAUUAUGUUCACAGUAUCAUUUACUCUUAAUGAAGACACUCAUUCUUGACGGAUUCGCAAUUUCAUUCUUGAAGCCAUAUGGGAUAGACGCAAUGGCUUGGUGGCUUUGUUUCAAAAUUCGUUCUCGGCAUGAUGUACAUACUCGCCCAAGAUCGCGCUUUCGGUCGUACUGAUGAAUUUUAUCCCUUUCGGCGUGAACGGAAACCGAAGUCUUCUUAUUAGGUUGAUGCACUACAAACCAUCAAAGAACCGAGCAGAAUGUGAGUUCGAUCUUAGAUGUCAAUACCAAUUUCUAAAAGUUAGAUAUCUGACGAUACCUUCAAUGAUGGACCCCUAGCCAUUAUAAGACGUAUCGAAAGACCCUCCCGGAGUGAGAUUGUAAUCAUCGGUACAGCAAAGAAUAUGGUUUUUAUAAACUCUUGAUCAGAUGAAUCAUACUUGUUCAUCCACACGAACCACUUAAUUCAAGUGCUUCGCUUUGUGGCUGACGUCGACUUAGCUCUCCAGCUGCCCAGGUGUUGAUAGGUAGGCGCUCGCCACUGGGCGAGGUCCUCGGCCCUUCAGUUUUUAUGGUGAAACCUCACUUUGACUAAAGACCUUGAGCAAUGACACGGUAACAUCCAAACAAUCGAGUUGGCUUCAGCUAAGAUUCAUCAAGAAAACGUUUGAAUCAAUCUCAUUUAUGCUUGUUGAAUCAACAAGAAUUUUGAAAAGAACAUGACCUAUAUUCAACUCAUUUGGCCACAUCAACGUCGCUUCGGGAAGUAACAUUUCCGUACAACUUGAUUAUCAUUGUCGAAAAAUAUCAGAACUCAAUCGUACCCAUAGAAAGAUCAGCAGUGACGCUCCGUCGGGAAGUGAUCAUUCUUACGGAGUACUUGUCCAACUAAAAAUAUUUUCCGAUUUAAGAUUGUUCCUUGGGCAAAAUGCUUCCCUAGCGUGAAGUAAGUAUUUUCUUCGCUUGGCACGUCUGGGAUAACUAAGAGAGAAAACUAUUAUCCAUCGACAUGUUUGCACCCUCUAGUUCUAGAACUAAUUGAACCGUAAAAAGACUAUCUAUGAUGGUAAGACACAGGCAGCGACGAAUGACAACAUGAUGAUUCUUCAAACUUCAUCAAUUGUGUAUUACUAUCGAAAGCGGAAGUUUUCACAACUCCUUUUUUGCGUGAGCUAACGAUUUAGAAUUGCAUGCGAAAACCACGACGUUGUAU